AGUUGGAUUUGGAGCAGUACUUAACCGUAAAGACGCUGCUCUUUCUGCUUCCCUCUCUACCAGCUUGCUCUCCACGCCGUUUCUUGUGCGAGAAAGCUUCAAUUCAGUCCAAUACGGAUCGAUUUCUCUCUCUACAACUGACUGGUGAAAAGCUUGCACCCAACUUUUAUAAUGGGUAAGGAGAAAGUUCACAUCAACAUUGUGGUUAUUGGCCAUGUCGACUCUGGGAAGUCAACCACCACUGGUCAUUUGAUCUACAAGCUUGGAGGUAUUGACAAGCGUGUGAUUGAGAGAUUUGAGAAGGAAGCUGCUGAGAUGAACAAACGUUCAUUCAAAUAUGCCUGGGUGUUGGACAAGCUCAAGGCUGAACGGGAGCGUGGUAUUACGAUUGAUAUUGCUUUGUGGAAGUUUGAAACCACGAAAUAUUAUUGCACGGUCAUUGAUGCCCCUGGUCAUCGUGACUUUAUCAAGAACAUGAUCACGGGUACCUCACAGGCUGACUGUGCAGUCCUUAUCAUUGACUCCACCACUGGUGGGUUUGAAGCUGGUAUUUCCAAGGACGGUCAGACUCGUGAGCAUGCGUUGCUGGCCUUCACCCUUGGUGUCAAGCAAAUGAUCUGCUGUUGCAAUAAGAUGGAUGCAACAACCCCAAAGUAUUCAAAGUCAAGGUUUGAUGAAAUUGUUAAGGAAGUAUCUUCCUAUCUCAAGAAGGUGGGUUAUAACCCAGAGAAGAUCCCCUUUGUCCCGAUCUCAGGGUUUGAGGGUGAUAACAUGAUCGAGAGGUCUACCAACCUCGACUGGUACAAGGGCCCAACCCUACUUGAGGCCCUUGACUUGAUUUCGGAACCCAAAAGGCCCACGGAGAAGCCUCUUCGUCUCCCACUUCAGGACGUCUACAAGAUCGGUGGCAUUGGCACUGUCCCUGUGGGCCGUGUUGAGACAGGUGUCGUCAAGCCUGGCAUGGUCGUAACGUUUGGCCCAACAGGCCUCACCACUGAAGUCAAGUCUGUGGAAAUGCACCAUGAGGCCCUUCAGGAGGCCCUACCAGGGGACAACGUUGGUUUCAAUGUGAAAAAUGUUGCUGUCAAGGAUCUCAAGCGUGGGUUUGUGGCCUCAAAUUCCAAGGACGAUCCUGCUAAGGAAGCUGCCAACUUCACUUCCCAAGUUAUUAUCAUGAACCAUCCAGGUCAAAUUGGAAACGGGUAUGCCCCAGUUCUCGAUUGCCACACCUGCCACAUCGCGGUCAAGUUUUCUGAGAUUUUGACGAAGAUUGACCGAAGGUCUGGGAAGGAGCUUGAGAAAGAGCCCAAGUUUUUAAAGAAUGGUGAUGCUGGGUUUGUGAAGAUGAUCCCCACCAAGCCUAUGGUGGUGGAGACUUUCUCUGAGUACCCGCCGCUCGGUCGUUUUGCCGUGAGGGACAUGCGGCAAACAGUGGCCGUUGGUGUCAUCAAGAGUGUCGAGAAGAAGGAUCCAAGUGGGGCCAAGGUCACCAAGGCUGCUCAGAAGAAGAAAUGACUGGUGGAUUAUUGUGAGGAUUUGGUACUGAGAACAAAAGUGGAGUUUGUUUAUGCUGUUUUAUUAGGCUUACAUAAGUUUUGUCGUGAAUGUUUUGUUUGCUCUUUGUUGCUGUUCACUAGCCUCACUUGUGGGGACUGUGGUGGUGUUAAGCAUUCAGGUGCCAGAUCUGGGUGCUUGACAGGAAGUGGCAAAUGAUUUAUUUUUUGUCACUUUCUUUUUGGUUUUGAGCAAUGCCCUUGUUUUCUUGUUUUUGUUUUUUUUUUAAAUUUUCGGUUAAAGUAUAUGAAUUGUUACAUUUGGAUGCCCUUUGUUGCUAUUAAUCAAUUUGUGUAACUUGAAGAGAA